AUGAAUGCACUAUCAAAGUAUACUGUGUGCAAUAUUCUAAAACCUGAUGGUUCUUCGUAUUACAAAUCUCCAUUUGAACCAAAUAAUUGGCUACUUAGCGAUCUCAUUCAAGUAAGAGAAGUUAACAGAGUAGACGUCACUGUAGAGCACUCUAUAACUCAGUGUCUUCCGUCUGCACUGUAUUGUAAAGAGUACUUUGAUGCUUAUGUAUGGGAAUCCCAAUCAAAUGUCGUACGUGACAAAAUACCGCACCCCAUAAACAGCAACGGUUCGUACAGAAGAUUCGCUUCAUUCAACCGUCAGUCCAGUGGUUUUACGGUUUCGACAGUGCCACUUGUCUUAUCAAGAACAUACUUUGUGCUUGGAUUUCGGGAUCAAGGUGGCUGUAAAACAUUAAAUUCCGUCAAGGUCACCUACAAUGUUUGCCCUCAAACAACGCUCAGGAGGACCUUGGUCUUUGUGCCGCGAACUUUAACACCAUCAAAUGACCGUGAAUCGAUUUCAGUUUUAGGAGAAUGUAGUGCCAACUCUGUACCAGUUUCGAACAGUUUGAAUGUUCUUUGUGAAAGCAAUGGUGAAUGGAAUAUCACUGGUCUUGGAGAAGGGUGCGUUUGCAAGGAGGACAUGGAAAACAUUGGAGGCAAAUGUGCUGGUGAGUAUCAUGCUAUCAAAAUUACUGGAAAAAAAAACAAAAACAAACAAACAAACAAACAAAAAAAGGUUUUGCUCUAAUGUAUAAUUUACACCCUUUUACAGAAACGCUCGAAAUUCCUCUUAUAGAUUUUUGUGAAAUUUUGCACAGCAAAAGACAUUUAUCCAAAGAAAUACGUAGCGUAAAGUAUUUCAAAAGAAAAUGUCGAGCAGGGCUGAAAUUCAAUUUAGAGCUAAAACUAUCGUGACGUCAUUAUCACGUGACAUUUAUUCCGAUCGCCCAACAAACUAUACCAUUUUAAAGUUUAGUCUAAGUGUAAUCCAUGUAUCAUAAUUUUUUUUCAAUACAGAUCGAUUUGUUUAUUAAAAGUAUAAGAGAUUCAAAUAUGGAUGUUGUGCCUAUAAAAAUACUGAGUCGAGCCACCUUAAAUCGAAUCAUGAACAUGAGUUUCACUUGGUUUAACAGCGGAGCUCUCGCGCACGAAGCGCGCAGCGGAGCACCAUGGGUAAGAAAAUGUGGUAAACUACCCAUCCAAGAAAAUUUGGUAAUCACGUGACCGUACACCGAGCGAGCAAGCGACCGUCCGUCCGCACCACAGGCAUAUCAAUGUAAAAUAACUCAAUCAACAGGUAUUGAAACCCAAAUGCGACUCAAGGUUUUAUUUAGAAGAAAAACAACAACAUAGUCGUGUCUUUUUCGGCGUUAUUUUUUAUGUUGACAUUAACGUGGACAACAGAGAAAGAGCUAGAGCGAGCUAUUGAAAACAAAGGAAACGAAUUUCUUAGGAAGAAAAACAUGGAAUUCAAAGCGGCGGUGAGAAAAUGAGUAAUGCUAGCGACCAGCAACGUGAAAAUGAGCGGCAAUGAAAAAUAAAAGCGAACAUGAACACAGGAGACAAAAUAUUGGGUAAGCACAUACACAUUAUUUUCAUGGAGGAAUUGUCGUAACUAGGAAGCUUGACGUUUUAGCCGUACAAAACAGCGUUGUAGUCGUGCAAAACAACAACAAGGGAAAUUAGAAGAAAAAGUGUGCUGCACGUGCAAUUUGUUUUUUGUUUUUUUUUUUUUUGCUAAUUGCAUCUAUUAGUCUUGAAGCCAUAUUCAUUGUCGUCCGCGUUUAGCAUUACAUGUUUUAAUUUUUUUUUGUUUACGCGUAUCAUUAACCAGAGCUUCGCAUUUAGCCCUGGCUAAAUCUAUAUAUUAUAAAUGCUGGACACAAUAAUCAAUUGAUAAAGUACAGAAAGACAAUGGCAAAACAUUCGCAGACAUUACAUUUUCAUCAGGUGUAUGGAGUUAUAGUCGUGAUUUUGAUUAAUACAUCAAACAAAAAGCAGUUGUAAAAUCACCUGGUACAGAUGAUGAGUACCCCAUCACUCUUCUAUUUGAUGAGACGAUAUUCAAAGUAACAAUAACAUUGAAAACCAAUUAUCAACUUGAUCUGACUAAAUCCAAUAUAGUUUUACUCUUGAACCAAGAAUAAUCACCUAUAAUCCAGUCAACAAAAACUUAACAUAUAAUAAGUUCUAUAAGGAUGUAUAUCAGAGAUGGUAAAAGACGUGUCGCAUAUUUAAACGGAGCUGAUACUUCAUUCAUGGUUCAAGCAGCUGGCUAAUAAAGGCGACUAGGCAUUUAUAUGGUUUGACGUUUGACGUUUUUACCCCUCAAUUACCGAAGCCCUCCUAAAACGGGCCCUUGACUUCGCCUCUGAACACGUGAACAUCUCAGCCAACGAAUGACAAACAGUCAUCAAUUCCAAGCACUCCCUGCUAUUCAGCAAAGGCUAACCAUGGGAAAAGAGAAAUUCAACAUCAAAUUUUGACGUAACCAUGGGAAGCUACAACGGAGUGGAGACUUGUGAAUUGGUGGGUUGUUAUCUCCUGUCGCAGCUAAAGCAGAUCCCUGGCAUCGAAAUCGGCCUUUACAGAGACGACGGGCUUGCCGUACUCAAUCAAACACAAAGGCAGAUAGAGAAAGCAAAAAACAAAUAUGCCAAUAUUUGCGAACAACAACCUAAAAAUCACAGUUGAUGCAAACAUGAAAGUUGUUAACUUCCUAGAUGUAACACUGGAUUUAAACACCGGAAAAUUCAAAUCAUACUCCAAACUAUCCACUACCUCGCUUUACGUUCACAGCCAAUCAAACCACCCACCCAACAUCCUCAGAAACAUACCCGCAGCAAUUAACCGGCGGCUAUCCAGCGUUUCUUCCGACCACGAGGUUUUUAAUGAAGCAUCGGCUCCGUAUCAGGAAGCAUUACGAAAGAGUGGCUAUGCUUUUAAACUAGAAUUCAAGCCAUCACCACAGCAACCACCAUCACAGAAACGCAAACGACAAAGAAAUGUCAUAUUGUUUAAUCCACCAUAUAACAAAAGCGUCAAAACCAACAUCGGACGUGCGUUCAUCAGCCUCAUUGAAAGAUAUUUCCCAGCGGGCCACAAACUGAGGAAAAUUUUCAACAGGAACACCAUAAAGCUCCGCUGCAGCUGCAUGCCCAACGUCAAGCAAAUAAUAGAUGGCCACAAAAAAGCCAUCCUGAAUAUAGCAGAAACAGCGCAGCCACAGAAAAACGAAUGGAACACGUGUAGCUGUACGAAAAAAGAAGACUGCCCGCUAAACGGAGAAUGUCUGGUGAGUGUCGUCGUGUACCAAGCCACAGUCACAACCGGAGACAAAAAAGAGACAUACAUCGGUCUCACAGUUACUCAGUUCAAGGCAAGAUACAGAAACCACCUGAUGUCAUUUAGACAUGAAAAGAGACGGAAUGAGGCUGAGCUGAGCAAGCACCUGUGGCAGCUAAAGGAGGCAAAUAAGGAAUUCAAUAUCGCGUGGAAAAUACUUGCCAAAGCGAAAUCUUACACCAACCUUACAAAACGUUGCAAUCUAUGUACAACAGAGAAGUUCUUUUUAAUAUGUAGGCCUCACAUGGCAACACUGAACAAGCGCAACGAACUUGUCUCUACAUGCAGACAUCGACGCAAGUUUAUCCUAAGGUACAAUCGAACAUGUGAAAGCCAGCGAUUGUAGCGCGAGCUUUCGUGUGACGUAGGUUUCGUUUAAGAGUUGUAGGCGAUUGAGAGCAAGUGCGCGCUUUUCUUUCUAAAAUUUCUUAAAAAACUAAAUUUCAAACGUUAUACGUAACCGUUUUUAUCACGCGAUCACUUUUCUUGAUGUAGACCCUGACGCUUCAGUGUUAUAAUGGAGUUUAACCGAAGAGUGGGUCACCUUUUCGGUGGCCUACGAAACAGGCUUGUAUUAAACACCCAGGCACUCAGGAUUUGAGUAGUUCACCUACUGGUCUAUAUUUAAUAUUAUGUACAUUCAGGGAGCACCUCAAAAUGAGGAGCGAAUAAAGCUAUGCUAGUUAAUCACCGAUUUACCUGCGAUCAGGCGUUCUUUUCGUUUUUCCGUUUAAAAGAAAAACAAGCUAAAUUCAACUAAAAGAAGUAACUGAAGAACAAAUAAGACUGGAGUAGGUCGCUGAUAAAAAAGCCGGUUUGUUUGCUUUUUGUUUUUUACCUUAUUGGUAAUAGUACGUAUUUUUUGAUAGCCCACGUCAGGAGCCCAUAACCCGGAGCGUGCAACUGCCAGAAAUUAGUGCAACGGCGUUUUUACAAGUGAGUUUAUUUUUAGAUAAGCUUUUCCCGCGAAAAAUGACUGUUGUCGCUUAGACCUUUCCACAGUCGGCUGUUUCGAAGAUGACUUUGAUUUCCCUUUCCGUGAAUAAUGCGUUGUCGCCGACGAAGAAGACGUCCCGGGCUCUUCUCCGUUUUGCAGAUCUUCCUCCGAACUGCUAGUUUCCGUGUAAAUACUGAAAUUGUCGCUGACGUACUGUCAGAAGAAUUCUCUGAAGGUUCCUCGCGUGCGUCCGCCACGCUUUUUUUUCAAUGUGAAGGAGUUGUUCUGGUUACGUAUUAAAAGUUUAUUAUUGAUGACGCGCUUGCUUGUGAUUGGCUUUUCGAAAGCAAUUCGCGGGAAAGGCUUAUCUAAAAAUAAACCUCUUAUGAAAACGCCGUUGCAGAGGCGCAGUAUGGAAGUUAGACUCUCCGGGGAAAGGGCUCCUGCCCACGUUCGAUAAAGAUUAAUUCUAAAAUGAAUCCGAGGCUUUCUGGUUACAUUUCUAUAUUAGGUUUGGUUUUCUAUGUGCUCAAGUCUCUUUUGGGAAUUGCGAGAGAAUGGAGUCGUGAAAUUUUUGCAAUUUUUGUCCCUGCGUUAGAUAUCGAACGCACGUACUAGUGCCAGUCCCUCCUGAGUUCUGAAUUUGGCGAAGAAGAUGGCGAUUUGAAGAUGGCGUCGUUUUGUUAUUUCUAGUUCCUAUCGUCCAGCCCUUUUUGCCCUUUAAAAAUGUAACCUAGGCAGUACUUUGAGCUUUUUGAAAUGUCUUCCAGCUGCUGAACAUACUUUACAGCGAAAUGUGAAAGAAAAUUCACGAAGAAGAUUUAAACACGAACGGAUCGUCUGUUUGCAAGAAAAAGCUUGGAAACUAUAACAAAUGUGAGUUUUCUAGUUUCUUCCUGUUUCAAUAGCCCAAGAUGAUUAUUAGGUUUUUGGUUACAUAGAUGAUAGUAGACUGCAAUUUGGCUAACAGAGUUGUUCUCUCGUUUUCGUUGUGCGCGCUAGAUCAAUUCAAAAAUACCCGAUUUUUGGCUCGUUUAGAUCAGAUAAAAUAAGACAUUUUAGUCUUGCCCGUGGCUGCUUAACAAAUUCCAUGGUUUUACAAAGUACUUCUGUGUUGUGUUGAAUCGCAUACAAAAAAUAAACUUCGCUUGUAAAAAAUUGAGGGUUCCGUGAAAAUGGUGAAAAUUUGCUUAGAAAAAUGGCGUCCGAAUGGGUCGAUGUUCGUAUCUCUAAUACAAGAGCAGUGAAGAACCUAUGUUUGGUAUAUUUGUCCAUUACUCCACCAGACCUAUCUAUAAUGUUAGUAUGAACUUAUUCUGUUGACCCCCUUCCGUUGACAUUUUUAACAUUUUGCGCCCGGUUUUCUCUGACAACCACUCUUAAGCCUAUCUUAAUCAUAACUAAUUUCUAGUUAUCUGGAACAGCUUGGAACCAUGCAAAUAGGAUAUCCUAAUACUACCUCAAAAAUGAAAUUUUUACAUUGUUGCAAUAGUUAGCUUUUGGACAUUCAUAAGAUAGAGUAAAACUAGCUUUUCAUUGGCUAAGAAGCUAGUUUUAAGAUACGUUUUUGCCUAUAAUGACAUCAUUGGCAUAGCUAGAAACUAGUCAUUAGAUAGAAGUAAACUGGCAAUUGACAUGAAAAAAUGGCCAAUAAUAGGAAUAAACUAGACGUAAACUAGUUAAACGAUAGUGUUUAGAUAGCUUUAAACAAGAUGUCUGAACACUAAAACCUAGUUUUCUGAUGGCAAUAAACUAGAUGUCUGAUAACUAAAAACUAGUGCUUGGAUAGCAAUAAACUAGAUGUCUGACAACUAAAAACUAGUGUUUGGAUAGUUUUAAACUAUAUUUCUGAUAGCUAAAAAGUAGUGUUUGGAUGGCAGUAAACUAAAUGUAGACCUAUAAUCAUAGCUAAAAAGUAGUUAUUGGACAGCGGCAUUUAACUCAGUUCUUUUAUAGCUAUAGUGGUUGCACGGAUGCGUGAUAAGUUGAAAAAUCUUAGUGACAAUUUAUUUUCAAACACGAGGGAUCAGAAAGCAAAAAAAGUAAUUUAGAAUAAACUUUAGACAGACAAAAUGCAGCAUAGUGCUUAAAUACUUUAGGAAAAAGAUCAGAAAAAGAGAUCACAAUUAAGGUUAACUAUUAUGCAAGUCAUACAUUAUAUUGCAAUACAUUAUGACUGUUGCCUGUAGCCAGGAUAAGGAUUCUAUUUUCAUUAAACAUUUUUUAAAGUUCCAUCAAAAACUGUUCAAAGCUCACAUCAAACUUGAACAUAAAAUUUUAUACAACUUUAGUAUUAUAACAACUCAGCUUUAGUCUGCGCCACCAGCACCUUCUUGACAUCAGAAAGCUUUGAUCCUCCUGCCUUUUUUUUCUUUUUGCCCUGCAAAGAAGCAAUAUUAAAAUAUUGAAGGUUAACACUUUAUAGUAACAACGUUAACUAGAACACUGCUAGCUACGUCAGUUAUUGUUCGAGAGUGUGCCAACCAUAAUAGUGUCAAUUAAAAGAAUGAAAUUAUGCCGUUGAGGAGUACUGUUUUCAUUUAUCGCCCAAACUAUAUGAAUAUGGCCGGUGGACCUAUCCAAGAUGAGCCAUAAACCGUUUCCCCUUAUAUUAAAUUCGUUUCUCUUAAUCACAGAAGAACAACUAGAGCUACGAAACCUGUUGAUACAAAUCGCCAAAAAUUCCUAUUUUUUCCCUGUCAUCCCAGCAAAAACUGAAACCUCCGCCAAAUAAAUGCCCGAUUUCCCCCCUUAUCCAAAGUUGUUUAGGAUAGCAUGGCAAUUGACCACUCCAGAAAAUACCAAAACAUACCAUAAUGCUCUUUGUUUGUCACCCCGAAAUUUUGCAUAAGCAUUGUCUUGAGUUUCUCUUGGGAGUUAAAAAAGCCCCAAGAGAAACUCAAAACAAUGCUUAUGCAAAAUUUGGGGUGACAAACAAAGAGCAUUAUGGUAUGUUAUGUUAUUUUCUGGAGGGGUCAAUUAUACACGUUGGUAUUUAGACCAAGACAAGUUUGAAUAGGGGGUGGUGAGGGGGCUUACUUUUUCUGUUUAGAGGAGACGGGAGUAGGGCGCAAAAGUUAGAAAAUAAAUGGAAUUGCCUCAACCGUUUUGUCUGGGGUUGUACAUAGUUAAUUGAGUGGAAUGGUUAUGAAACCCGUCAGACUCCUUUGUUAUAUGUUUUUGGAGACCUGAAAGUGCGCAACGUUCAAAAGAAUUCCUAUCAUUUUGAUUGCAUUGACCAAUAAAAACGUUGCAUUAAUUUAUUCCGUAACAAUUUGCCAACAGAAAACAAAGGAUUGUGCACUUUCAGGGUGCUUCCAACAUAAACUGUAGCACUGUUGUUUUUAUCAUUGAUGUUUGCCGCUUUUCAUAACCAGUCUCCUCUAAUAACUAUGGGUUGUAGCAAUAAAAGAAAAUCAAUUUAAUCGUUUAAAAACAAACACAAACAUCUUUUUCUUGUUGUCAGUAACACAAUUCCGUGCUUCUAAAUAUUUACUUAUCUUAUCUUCGCGGAAAAGGCGGCGCAUUCCACGAACACCAAGGCUUAGUCAAAAACCACAAAGUUGAAGCCGCUCCACUGUAAGGCUCACCUCACGUGAAUCGUUUUUCAUUCAAAAAGUAAAGAAACCAGAAGUAAGGAAUGAAAUACACUAAUAGAAAAAAUAUAUAUCAGUCACUGAAUGGAACAAUAACCAUAAAGCUUAAGCCUGUUUAACUUAACCCUUUUUCGAUCAUUAUCAGCCAUAGAACCUCUUGAUUGUGACAUGAUCUUCUUCGGUAAAAUUCCUAUUUAUCAUUCAGAUAGUUGCGCCAAAGAAGAAGUUACCGAUAGAACUUUCAAAAGUGAACAAACUAUAACUCUUAUCACUUAAGACAAGCUUGAUCAUGAGUUAAACUAUUGACGGUCAAUGGGCAUGUUAGAGUUGGCUCCUACUGAAUGUCACACUGAACGUUGGAACCGCUUAGUUCAAGACCCGGUUCAAGAAAAAGAACAUGCAAGAACCCAUAUUAUGACUAAAUCGAUUAAAGCAAUAGAAGGUGGAUAAAAUACAAACCUUAAACAAGUGAGUAAAUCCUUUCAGUUUGAUAACCUCGGUCCACAGGUACACCUAUAAGCGACUUCAACGGCUACUUCCAACGGCCUCCCAAAGACCGAAGAAUGAAAAGCGAUUUUCUUUUGCGCCGGAUGAAGUGAAGUCAACGGUAUUUCCGUUGUCACGUAACACCGUAUCAGAGAGUCAACAUCUGCUUGUUUGCGCUCAUUUCGCGAAAGAUAUGACUUGUGAAACUUCUCAAUCAAACCAAAAAGUAACAAAAUGGCUGCGAAGAAGAAAAGUUAUAUUAUCAAGGACAGUGCAAGCGGCGAAAUAGUUCUGAAAUGGUCAAAGAUAUCGUGGAGUUAAAGAGGUAUAGCGUUCCUGUCAACCAGAUUCGAAGUAGAUUGAAAAGGAAUGCUGCGAACUCGAUCGAUCCUCUUGUUAUCAUUGGAAGAUUUUUAUUUCCAGCCUAAAGAAACAGGGGCACCCAACGAGAGGAUAGUUCAACAUCACUUAAACAUAGCAUUGUUAAACGUAUUUUAGUAUUUAAACGGUAGGUAUAAGCGUAUUUUUAUCCCCUAGAAAUUUUGCAUCUGUUCGGAUUUCCUAUGUGAAAGUCUAGUGAUCUGAAAAUUAUAGGGAUCAAAACUUACCUUUUCGAAAAUUUCAGCCAGAAAAAAGGCUCCCGAAAAUUCUGGGUCACCUUUUUAAGGGUAAAAAUCCGUUAAAAAAUGGGCAAUUAUACCGUUUUUUAGAUGUUCGAAAAUCCUAGGAGAGGCAGGCAAGCAAGAAAUUUUACAACAAAUCUUCCGAAAAUUCUAGACCGCAAAUCGUCUUCCGAACAGAUAUUUUCCGAAAAUUGUCGUUGGGUGCCACUGAACAAAGUGGCUCACCCUCAUUAUCAGCGAUCACUAAACGGCGAUUAAGAGUAUUCUAAUGACAAAAGUAGGCCUUCUUUCUUAAACUGAGUCAGACUCCAUCGACCAAGAUUGAAGAAACUUUGCCUAGAUUCCAUAAUUAAUCGAUUAAGCUUUUUUUUAUUUUUUUACUUAUCAUUGCAUUAACAGUACAAUCGUGUCAUGGGCAAGGUGAGCCGCAACUCACGAUGAAAUUUUCCAUUAUAUUUGUCACUAUUAGUCGUCCAACACACACCUUAACACAGCACUUUAAAAAAAUGUUCGCAAAUGGCUAGUACACAUGCAGGAAACAGCAACGAACAAAGAAAAAUAAUCAAUUAAAGCAAGCCUUUAUCGAGAAAUUGUGGUGUGGAUGAUAUGAUUCUGUGGCUUCAGAAUUCACUGGUUUUGUGAAGCACUAAUAUAUAGAGUCGAGUCAUACAGGUUUAACCACCUGCUGCACCUCCGUCCGAUUUCCCUUACGCCUAUCCUGUCUAAACUCGCUGAAGAUCACAUUUCCGUAAGGCCUUUGACCUUAUCGAUCACAGUGUUCUUGUUCAAAAACUAUCAACAUAUGAUAUUCCGAGUCAAGCCAAAGGUUGGAUUGUUGACUUCUUGAUGGACCGGAAACAAAGAGUUAAACUUGCUCAGGAUUGUCACUCUGAAUGGCGCUCUGUGCCUUCCGGUGUCCCCCAGGGAACAAAACUAGGCUCCUGGCUAUUUCUUGUCAUGAUUAAUGACUUGGACACACCAGUUGACAUGUGGAAAUACGUGGAUGAUACAUCUUGUUCCGAAAUAGUUACAAAGGCUAGUGAGAGCAAACUCCAAGAAGCUCUGGAAGACCUUUCGAGACAAGCGAGUCUCGAUGGGUUCCAACUGAAUGAGGCCAAGUGCAAAGAACUUCGAACUGGAUUCUCCAACAGCAACCAAGAUUUUAAACCGCUAGUCCUAAAUGGCAAACCCCUUGAAUUAGUCACCAGUGCCAAAUUGCUAGGCGUGACCAUUAGCCACGAUUUAAAGUGGAACAUGCACUCCUCUGAACUAAUUAGAAAAUGUUCCUCUCGUCUCUUUUUUUACGUCAACUCAAGAGAUCCGGAGUGGCACCAAGUGAACUGGUGCAAUUCUAUGUGACAUGUAUUAGGCCCGUCCUAGAAUACGCAAGUCCUGUAUUCCAUCGUUCUCUACCAAACUAUAUCAGUGAAGAUUUGGAACGGAUCCAAAGAAGGGCUUUCAGAAUCAUCCAUCCUGACCUGUCAUAUAGUGUAGCACUAGAAACAGUUGGCCUACCGAAACUUCAUGAGAGGAGAGAAAAGAUUUCAAUCGAUCUGUUUGACGAGAUCGUCUGUAACCCCACCCACAGUCUCCAUAGCCUCCUCCCCCAAAGGAAGAGUUGUAAAUAUGCACUGAGACGCAAAAGUGAUUUCACUCUCCCCCUAUGUAAAACCGAGCGUUUGAAGAAAAGUUUUAUUUUUAGCCAUGUCUAUAAGAUGUAGAUAAUUUUUCUGAUUUUGUCUUUGUUAUCGUCCGUAUUUGUAAAUAAAUUAUACCGUAAUUCAACCUAUGGCUGCAAUGGUGUUUAUAAUAAAGUAUCUAUCUAUCUUGAUAUAAAGUAAGCGUGCAAGUCUUGUUUAAUCGAGUUUUUAGUGCCCCUUAUAAAAUAAGUGAGUAUAUAUCUUAGGGCCUGUUUACAUGGAGUGGGGGACGCCGGUCUAGUGGGGUUGGUUUCUUUUGUUUUCAGGCUCUAGGGCUGAACCAAAGAAACCUACCCCACUAGACCGGGGUCCCCCACUCCAUGUGAACAGGCCCUUAUUGUCAGACUAACCGUGAUAGAUUUCAGUUCAAAUAAUUUGGGGUUUCUAGAAAACGACGACCUAGAAAACGAAGACCAACGACCUAGAAAAGGACAAGCUAGAAAACUACGACCUAGAAAACGACGAUCUAGAAAACGACGACCUAGAAAUCGAAAACGAAGUUAAACUGAAGGCGAAGUCUAUCAUACUAUAGUUUUGAAAAGAAAUAUUAAACUGGAUCCACUUGUUGUCACCCAGCACUUCUCCGUACAGGCUUACAGUCAACCCAAGUCAAGCGUACCCCCCAAGAUUACAUUAAUGAAUUUAUUAUUCGAAAGUUGAAUCCGUUGGUAGUUGUAGAUUUCAGAUUCAUGUCUAAAUUCUUGUAUGGGUAUUGAGCCUUGAAUUCACACGCGAUUCAGUUACGAAAAUUUAUACCAGCUAAGUUUCCCUGAAUUUGACCGAAAUGUCUUCUAUGAAAUAAACCCAUUUGAAGAUUUUUAAUCUGACCAAAUACAGAGAAGUUCUCGUAAAAUAGUCACUACUCAGUACGCAUGCAGAAAUGCCGAUUUGAAUUUAACACUAGUUACCGGAACGACUAACUGAUUCAUUUUUCAAAUAAUUAAUUCAUUAAUAGAAUCUUAGGGGGUACGCUUGACCUGCCUCGACUGUUAGUCAUGCUAGCCCGGUUCAGUAUGUCGCUGCCACUGCAGGUAGUAUCAAAUAGAAAUCUACAUUACUGCAUUCAGCAGUGAAUUUUUCACGAUAACUUCUCAGUAUUCGUCAAAUUGAAAAAUCUUUGAGUGAAUAACAUCGCUAUGAAGAAUACAUAUGUCAAAUUUAAGAACACGGGGGUGACAAAAAUUGUAUGACUUUUACUUCACUGCUUGUCCCCACACAAAAUACGCAUUCAGACAUAUGAUAGGCUUAAGAUAGCAAUUAGUUAAUAGUAACUAUACAGGGCAGGCCUGAAUUUUAUGUUUUUUAUUUCCUUUCACGACUUGAAAAUAUGAAGAGUGUCGUUUGGAAUUUAGUGGUUGAAAGAAAUUGCGAAUUUAAAGAGGUCGUCGUUUUCUAGACACCUAAUAAUUUGCUACAGAAAUGGUCGGCUUUAAGGAUACCCGAUGUUAUUGCUAUUUGCCGACUUUGAGAAGAGUGCCUAUCUUUUCACUACCCGUUUCCAAGAGAGUUUUAAGAUAGGUUAUCAAGUGUUUUACGAGAAAGGGAUAGCUUUCAAAUUGCCUAUCUUUUCACUAUCUAUUCCAAGAUAGAUUUUGGAUAGCAUAUUAAAUGGCUUUAUGGACAAUAGAUAGCUUUAAGAUAGCCUACCUUUUUGCUAUCUACCAUGCACUAAUUUAGUAUUUAGAUAGUAGAGAGUUUAACUAUACAAAAUGAAUAUAGCCAUUAAAUAGCCUAUCUUUUAAUUAACUCCAGUAAAGAUAGUUUUCAGAUAGCUAAGAUAGUAGUUGGUUAGGCUAUCGUUUUGCUAUCUACUUAAGUAGUUAGUUUUA